AUGCUGACCUCUUCGCAAGCAGCCCGAUGGCUGCCGCGGGACUUUGUCGAGGCUUCACAGCUGGGUGGUGUGUUCACCAUCGUUGCGUACGCUGUGAUGCUCAUUGUUUUCAUGUGUGAGCUGAUAUCGUUUGCAAGCCCGCAAUAUGCCACGGUGUUGGCCCUGGACAAAGCCGGAAGUGACUCCCUGCAGAUCAACUUUGAUGUCGACGUCCACGACAUUGAAUGCAGAAACUUGCAAGUUGUCGUUUAUGCACAAAAUGGCAAAGAACGACUAAGCUCGUCAGGUGAGGACUUCUGGCUCCGAUCGAUUGAUGCGCAGGGCAAGCAGUUUGGUGUGGCGGUGAAGCCACAGGAUGCCCAAGGAGAAGUAGCGGAGGAUCAUGACAAGCAGAUGCAAGAUGUUCGCAAGCAGGAUGGUGGCCAGGAGCUCGAUUCUGAUUGGUCAUCCUCCCACGAUGGCUUUCGGCACAAGAGCUUGGAGCAUGUCAUCCAGGGCCACGACUUCACCUGCAUCAACUUCUUUGCUGGUUGGUGCAGCCACUGCCAGAAGUUUGCUCCAGAAUGGGAGAAGCUUGCUGACAAGGUGCAUGGCAAAGAUGGGGCUCCGAUGAAGUUCCCUGAUCGUGAUGGUGUUGAGCGGCAGGUCCGACUCAUCAAGGUUAACUGCGUGGACUUCCACGACGUUUGCGCGCCCCAGGGCAUCGAUGCUUACCCCACAGUGCGUCUCUACAAGGCAGAUGGCACUUUCUCAGUUUUUGAUGGCCGCCGAGGGGAGGUGGAAAUCAUUCGAUGGUUGGAGAGGAUGAUCAAAAUGAAGAGUUAUGGAUGGGGAGCUCACCAUGAGGUCUUUGAGCGUGGCUGCAAUGCCCGGGGCCGUUUGCAGGUGCCACGGGUGCCAGGCCAUUUGGAGCUCAUGGCUGGGGGUGGAGACCAGACACUUAAUCCAAGGAUGACCAAUGUGUCUCACACGAUCAAGCACCUCUCCUUCUCCGAUGCCAAUGAUGGCAAGUUUCAUCGGAAGGGGUGGUCAAACUUUCCCAGGGAGGUUACACGGAAUCUGGCACCCUUGGAUGGUCAACGGUUUUUGACUUCUAGUUUCCACCAAGCGUACAUCCACGACUUGAAGGUUGUAAGCACUGUGUCUGGCAGCCAGACUACAUACCAGUUCCAGCACCAGGCACGUGUUUCGCAACUUCCGGAAGCAGAGAUUCCGCAGGCGCAAUUCCAUUACGAUAUCGAGCCGUUUUCGAUCUACGUACGGAGAGAUGAUAAGCGGUGGUACGAUUUUGGCACGUCUUUGUGCGCCGUGCUCGGUGGUGCCUUCGUCGUGAUGCGGCUCAUCUCGCGUUUCUCUUUGCACAUCUCUGCUUCACUGAAGCAUCUUUUCCCUGGUGCGAAAGUCGGGAGGGCUGGCGCCAUGAGUAUCGGCCUUUAUGAGUUUGUGGACAUUCCCAAUUGCAGCCAGCUAGGAGUCUGGAAUCAUGAGGCGCCAGUGCUCGCCGGAGCUCUUGGUUUCUAUGGCAACUUUGGUGAUGGAGUGCCUGGCACGUUGGCGCGCUUUCGGCUGCCACGGGCAGUAGCUCUUGAUGAGAUGCAACAGAGGCUCUAUAUCUCAGAUGGGGCUAAUCAUGCCAUCAGGCAGCUGAAUUUGAGCGACCAGAAUCUGACUACAGUGGCAGGCAAGCUGGGAGUCCCAGGCUACACAGAUGGUUCAGAGGUGUUGCUGCGGGACCCGAAUGGACUUGCUUUAGAUGAAAGUCGUCAGGAGCUUUACGUUGCAGAUCAGGGCAACCAUGUGGUGCGUCGGAUUGACUUGACAACUGGAUUCAUCUCCACCAUCUCUCCCGUUGGACCGGAUUCUCUAAAAUCUCCGAGCGGGUUGGCACUAGCAGAAACGCUUUUCGAGAGAGUCUUGUACAUAGCAGAUUCGGGAAACCACCAAAUCCGAAAGCUGGAUUUGGUGACCGGCAAUCUCUCAGUUGCAGCGCCAGCCUUUUUCGAGCAUGCCGCUGGCUUGGCUUUUGACAAGCUAAAUGGCAUUUUGUAUGUGGCAGACCAAGGAGUUCAUGCUGUGUUUAGCUUGGAUAUGACCUUGGCUUCGCCUGCAGCUGGCUUAGUUGCAGGGCAGCCUGGCUAUCCUGGAGGUCCUGGGGACGGUUCUACCUUCAUGAGCCAUGCCUUGAAAGCACAGCUGAACCGCCCGGAUGGCCUGGCCUUGGAUUCUCAAGGGCAAAGGCUUUACAUUGGAGAUGCGACCAAGGCCAUCCGCAUGGUGGACCUCACGAACCAAAACAUGACCUUAGCGGCAAUUCGAUCCAGCUUUCAACAUGAGACAGGACAUUUGGGACCUAUUGGUUUGGCACUUGGCAACACCACUAUACCUGGAUUCAAGGUUGAAUCCAUUUAUCAUAGACCUCUGGAGGGUGGCCCUCCGCAAUUUGGCAACUACUUCUACUUUCGAUCUUCCAUGGGCUAUGCAGGUGGCUACAAGAACGCGAGUGGCAUUCUCAGGAGCCGCCACUACCGCCGUGGUGUGCUGUUGUGGGUCGGUUACAUUCGAUUCUUUGGGGAACGCUACGGAAUUGGUCCUGAGCGCCAGUCGUCACCGGAAUUGGACAACACCGGAAUACGAUACCCACCUCCUGUCUCUUCAGAGGGUCAGUUUGAGGUUAAUGACACCAUCCUUGUGCCCCAGCUCUUAGACCCAGAGGAAGAGGCAAAACAAAUGCUGUACUUGGCAGAGGGCCACCUCUACACGGUACGAUCGGUAGACCUUGGUGCGCCGAGCGAGUCUGCUUGUGGAGAUCCCAAUGUGACAGGGCUUCCUGAAUCUCUUUGGGCAUUGGUGCCUUCCGAAGCCGGUGGGGGCUACACUCGCUAA